GCCCAAGAUACUUCAGAGCUCUUCUUUGAGGAUGUUCGAGUGCCGGCAAGCCAACUCCUUGGGGACGAAAACAAAGGUUUCUAUUAUUUGAUGCAGGAUUUGCCUCGAGAGCGUCUCAUGGUCGCUGAUAUAAGCCAGUCCAUGGGUGAAUUCGCAUUUGAGGAGACCCGAAGAUACGUUAAAGAACGAAAAGCUUUUGGCAAGCCAAUCGCAGAGCUUAAGGUUUGA